AUGGUUCAGGGACCUCAAGCACUGAUUCCUCAACACCAGGGCAGUGCAGGAAGGGCUCAGCUGAGAGGGCCUUUGGGGCACUACUUCCUCUUCACUCCAGAGGCCAAAAGAAGUCAGACCCACCUCCCCCACCAAGCCCCGGCCUGGUCUCAGAGCAAGAGGGCUCGGAGGGUGAAUUUCUUAGAACCCUCCACUGCCAACCCCUGCAGCCAGCACCAUGGUUGGACCCACUUCCAGGGAGUCUGGGAGGCCACCACGCACGUGUACGUGACCAUCGUGGACGAGAACGAUAAUGCACCUGCGUUCCAGCAGCCCCACUACGAGGUGCUGCUGGAUGAGGGCCCGGACACAGUCAACACCAGCCUCCUCACCGUGCGGGCGCUGGACCCGGAUGAGGGGCCCAACGGCACAGUUGCCUACGCCAUCGUCACAGGCAACAUCAUCAACACCUUCCGGAUCAACAGACACACGGGUGUCAUCACUGCCAUCAAGGAGCUGGACUACGAGAUCAGCCAUGGCCGCUACACCCUGAUUGUCACUGCCACAGACCAGUGCCUCAUCUUAUCCCACCGCCUCACCUCUACCACCACGGUGCUUGUGAACGUGAAUGACAUCAACGACAACAUGCCUACCUUCCCCCGGGACUAUGAGGGACCCUUUGACGUCACUGAAGGCCAGCCGGGGCCCAGAGUGUGGACCUUCCUGGCCCAUGACCGGGACUCAGGCCCGAAUGGGCAGGUGGAGUACAGCAUCGUGGACGGAGACCCUCUGGGGGAGUUUGUGAUCUCUCCCGUGGAGGGCGUGCUGCGGGUCCGGAAGGAUGUGGAGCUGGACCGGGAGACCAUUGCCUUCUACAACCUGACCCUCUGUGCCCGCGACAGGGGCGUGCCCCCCCUCAGCUCCACGAUGCUGGUGGGGAUCCGGGUGCUGGACAUCAACGAUAACGACCCCGUGCUGCUGAACCUGCCCAUGAACGUCACCAUCAGCGAGAACAGCCCCGUCUCCAGCUUCGUCACCCAUGUCCUGGCCAGCGACGCAGACAGCGGCUGCAAUGCGCUCCUCACCUUCAACAUCACUGCAGGCAACCGCGAGCGGGCCUUCGUCAUCAAUGCCACGACAGGGAUCGUCACUGUGAACCGGCCCCUGGACCGUGAGCGGAUCCCGGAGUACAAGCUGACCAUUUCCGUGAAGGACAACCCGGAGAACCCACGCAUAGCCAGGAGGGAUUUUGACUUGCUGCUGAUCUUUCUUGCGGACGAGAAUGACAACCACCCCCUGUUUACUGAGAGCACCUACCAGGCAGAGGUGAUGGAAAACUCUCCCGCUGGGACCCCCCUCACGGUGCUCAAUGGGCCCAUCCUGGCCCUGGAUGCAGACCAGGACAUCUACGCCGUGGUGACCUACCAGCUGCUGGGCGCCCAAAGUGGCCUCUUUGACAUCAAUAACAGCACUGGUGUGGUGACUGUGAGGUCAGAUGUGAUCAUUGACCGGGAAGCCUUCUCGCCCCCCGUCCUGGACCUCCUGCUGCUGGCUGAGGACAUCGGGCUGCUCAAUGGCACGGCUCAACUGCUGGUCACCAUCCUGGACGACAAUGACAACGUGCCCACCUUUAGCCCUGCUGCCCUCACUGUCCACCUGCUGGAGAACUGCCCACCAGGAUUCUCAGUCCUCCAAGUCACAGCCACAGAUGAGGACAGUGGCCUCAAUGGGGAGCUGGUCUAUCGGAUAGAGGCCGGGGCUCAGGACCGCUUUCUCAUCCACCCUGUCACCGGCAUCAUCCGUGUCAGCAAUGCCACCAUCGACAGGGAGGAGCAAGACUCCUACAGGCUGACAGUGGUGGCCACUGACCGGGGCACUGUGCCUCUCUCUGGCACGGCCAUCAUCACCAUCCUGAUCGAUGAUGUCAAUGACUCCCGCCCCGAGUUUCUCAACCCCAUCCAGACAGUGAGCGUGCUGGAGUCUGCCAAGCCAGGCGCUGUCAUUGCCAACGUCACCGCCAUUGACCGCGACCUCAACCCAAAGCUGGAGUACCACAUCAUCAGCAUCAUGGCCAAGGAUGACACUGACCUCCUGGUGCCCGACCAGGAGGACGCCUUUGCAGUGAAUGUCAACACAGGUAUAAGGGCCUGCACCCCUGCCACCCGCCUCUGCCCUGACUCCCUGCCCAGCUCUUUGGCUUCCUGCCUUCCUCCUUCCUUCUUCUUCCUUCUCUUUCCCUCCCGCUCCCUUUCUGCUCUCUUCUCUCCCCUGUCGGCACUCUUUGAGUCCCCACCACCCCCACGCCCCGCUCCACUCCCUCCCUGCCGCACCCUGAACUAA